AGCAAGCAAAAUCUCCGCGAUGUGUCCAAGCGAUAACUGGCAUCAUUUCUACGACUGUUUGCCCUCCGAGUCAGGCCCAUACACCUUCGGCAUGAGGUUGCGUGGGCUUCGCGUUGCUUGCGACAGAAGUGAGGAGGACACGGUGCCUUCCAGUCGCGAGUACGCGGCACAGUGCUAUGCACAUUGUGUCAGGUGCACGAGCUGCGACGGAGGGGAACCUGGUCGGACCGACGUGGGACUAGGGCUGGCGGAUCUGUAACCCGACGUUGUAGAUGUCUUUGUACAGAACCUCGGAGCACAGAAUUUACAGGACUUGCUGCAAUUGUCGUAGUUGGUGGCCUUUGGAUGGCAGGCUACAUUAAUGAUUGGUACGGCCAAAGAAUCACCGAGUGAUGGCACAUUCGAGCGACGUAGGUAUCUUGCAAUCCGCUGCUCUCCCGCUCCGCCUCGCUUUGGAAAUGUCAUGCUUUCGGCACUUUCCCCUCCCGAUUGUCGAAUCUGUGCAGCGCUUUGUGAACAUAGUCGUUGAAAUGGUCGGUGUCGCAAGAGCUCCUGGUAUUGACGCCACGGGCAGCAUUGAAGUCGUGCUCGCUCUCUUGCCGCUAAACAUGAUGAUCAACGGUCUGUCAGCGCUGCCAACGUCGUCAGCGCUAUCAACGUUGCGCAAUGGCCAGCUCCAUCUCAGGCAAAGCCGUCCAGAUCCACGACAGCCAUGGUGGUAUCGGUGCCAUCGUGUAGGAAUCUGACUCAAGACAUCAUGCGCGGCUUGUACGGCCGUUUCCCAAUGCAGCUCCCGUUUGCCUGCCCGAUAUCUGAUUGCGAAGGUCAGGCCCUACACCUCAUGAUCCUGCUGCUCGAGCAUCUCACUC